UCUCUUCAAAGUUGUUUAAUUUUCUUUGUUUAUUUUGGUGAAUUUCCAGCUUUGUUUUUCCAAUUAUAAGAAGAAGAAAAAGAGGAAAAAUCACACUAAUAAUCGAAUUUUUGGUCCAAAGAUCCCUCCUUUCAAUCUCUCCACCAUAAAAAUCCAAUUUUUUUUUUUUGCUUUCAGUUUUGAUGUCUGAUUUGGUUUGUAAUCAUACUUUUUGAUGCUCAAGAUGUGAAGAAAACCAGUGAUUUGCACUCCAAAAGCUGGGAUUUUUGUCAAUGGGAACCUUGGAUUUGCUUCUCCUUCUUCUCUUGAUUAUCUUAUCUUGCCCAUGUUGUUCUUCUUCGUCUUCUUCGAUCGCGGCUUUGAUUGCAUUCAAGCAAUCAUCAGUGUCUUCCGAUCCGAAGGGAUUCCUGAAGAACUGGAAUGCAAGCAGUAAUGGCUCCCCAUGUUCAUGGACUGGAGUACUGUGCUCACAGCCGGCGGCCGGCGGUGAGGUCCUUGGUCUGAACCUCAGCGGGAUGGGUUUGUUCGGUAAGCUUAAACUCCAAGCUUUAAUGGUGUUACCCAAUCUCCAGGACGUCAAUCUCCAUGGAAACCACUUCCAUGGCGAUCUCUCUCUCAAUUCCACUGCUUCCUCUUCUCUCUCUUGCAACCUCGAAACCCUAGACAUUUCAUUGAAUAACUUAUCUGCAACAAUCUCCGGUGAGUUUUUGGCCUCUUGCUCUCGUUUGGAGUUUUUGAACCUCUCCGGGAACUCAAUCUCCGGUGGUGUUUAUCCUUUUGGGUCUUCUCUCCGAGUUCUGGAUUUAUCUCACAAUAGAAUCAAUGACAAUGGCUUGUUGAAUCACUCCUUGUUUGGUUGCCAUGCCUUGAGCGUCCUCAACUUCUCCGGCAACGAGCUCACCGGAGGAUUCACUGGCGUGUCACCGUGCUCUAAGUUUAAGGUUCUUGAUCUUUCCUAUAACCUCAUCUCCGGCAGCAUUCCGCCAGAGUUCAUCCCUGCUUCUUUGGAAUCACUAGAUUUCUCACACAACAACUUCUCCAGCGAGCUUUCAGCAUUGGAUUUUCGAUCUUGUGAUAAUCUCCAAGGCCUUAACUUGUCCUCCAAUGCCUUUAAUGGAUCAGGGUUGCCGGAGAGCUUAUCAAAUUGCCAAAAACUCGAGAAGCUUGACUUUGCUAUAAACAACAUAUCUGGCAACAUUCCUACUUCAUUGUGGAAGAACCUCACCAACCUGAAAAUUCUCUCUUUAGCCAACAACAAGUUUUCUGGUGAGAUUCCACCGGAGCUCAGUCACGCUUGUAGUUCUCUUAUCGAGCUCGAUCUCUCUGCGAAUAUGCUCAUUGGAGAAUUACCGCCGAGCUUUGUCUCUUGCUCUUUGAUCCAAAGCUUGAAUCUUGGGCGUAAUAAUCUCUCAGGGAGAUUCAUUGAGAGCAUUAUUAGCACUUCAAUGUCUUCUCUGAAAGUCUUCCGACUUCCUUUCAAUAAUAUCACUGGUACUGUUCCAUUGAUCUCACUGAAGAACUGUUCUUUGCUGCAAGUGAUUGAUCUUGGUUCCAAUGGAUUCACUGGAGAGAUUCCUUCAGGACUCUGUUCUUCACUUCUUCAUCUCGAAAAACUCUCACUUCCUAAUAACUUUAUCUCUGGUGCUUUGCCAGCCGAUCUUGGCAACUGUAGUAAUCUGAAGAGGAUUGAUCUUAGUUUGAAUAAUGUGAGUGGUGUUAUUCCUUUGGAGAUUUGGAGAUUGCCAAAGCUUGUUGAUCUUGUACUUUGGGCCAACAAUAUCUCAGGUGAGCUACCUACUGAUGAUCUCUGUUCUAAUAGUGAUAAUAGCUUGCAAAGUCUAAUACUUAGCUUCAAUAAGCUCAAUGGAAGCAUUCCAAAAUCCUUCACAAGGUGUCUGAAUCUUGUUUGGGUCUCACUCUCCGGCAAUGAGCUUACCGGAGAGAUUCCCGACGGUAUUAGUAAUCUCCAAAACCUUGCGAUCCUUCAACUAGCAAUCAAUUCGCUCUCCGGGGAGAUACCUUUGGAGCUCGGUCACUGUAAGAACCUCAUCUGGUUAGAUUUGUACAGCAAUAAGUUCAAUGGGUAUAUUCCGUCAUCUCUGGCAUCAGAGAGUGGCCUUAUAACUCCUGGUAUUGUCUCUGGGAAGCAGUUCGCCUUCUUGAGGAAUGAGGUUGGAAAUAUCUGCGCUGGUGCCGGCGUUCUUUUUGAGUUUGAAGGUAUUCGGCCAGAGAGGCUUGCUGACUUUGCAUUGGGGCAUUCAUGCCACCAAACAAGGAUAUAUACUGGUACCACUGUCUACUCUUAUGCCGGAAAUGGCAGCAUGAUAUAUCUUGAUCUCUCCUACAACACUCUCUCCGGAAACAUACCAGAGAAUUUCGGUACAAUGAACUACUUGCAAGUGCUGAACUUGGCUCACAAUGAGCUCACAGGGGUGAUACCAGAGUCUCUAGGAGGUAUGAAGAUGGCAAUGGAGUUAGAUCUCUCAAACAAUCAUCUCAUCGGCGUAAUUCCGGCGGCAUUGGGAGCUCUAACAUUCUUGAGUGACUUGGAUGUGUCUAACAAUAACCUCACCGGACCAAUCCCCACAGGCGGGCAGCUCAUCACAUUCCCUCCAUCACGGUAUGCUAACAAUUCCGGCCUCUGCGGAGUCCCUUUGUUGCCCUGUGCUUCUCAGCAGUUUAGCAGUGGAUCAAAUUCGUAUGCCAGAGGAGGUAGGAGGUUUUUUGGAGGGAGUACUUUCAUUGGAAUUUCGAUAUCUUUGUUCAUUGUGAUGAUCUUCAUGCUGGCUUUCUACAAGUUGAAGAAGCAAUGGCAAUCAGAAGAGCAGAGUGAGUAUGUCGAGAGCCUACCAGCAUCCUCGGGCGGCACAAACAGUUGGAAGCUCUCUGGUGUUCUUGAGCCUCUGAGCAUCAAUGUGGCUACAUUUGAGAAACCAUUGAAGAAGCUCACCUUUGCACACCUUCUUGAUGCCACAAAUGGCUUCAGUGCUGAGAGCUUGAUAGGUUCAGGUGGUUUCGGUGAGGUCUACAAGGCAAAACUUAAAGACGGAACCAUCGUCGCCAUCAAGAAGCUCAUCCAUGUCACAGGACAAGGUGACAGAGAAUUCAUGGCAGAGAUGGAAACCAUUGGAAAGAUCAAACACAGGAACCUUGUUCCAUUGCUUGGUUACUGUAAUGUUGGUGAUGAGAGGCUUUUGGUCUAUGAGUACAUGAAGUUUGGGAGCUUGGAUGUUGUCCUGCAUGACAGGACAAAGCGAGGGAUCAAUCUAGACUGGUCUGCAAGGAAAAAGAUUGCAAUUGGAUCGGCGAGAGGCCUUGCAUUCCUCCACCAUAGCUGUAAUCCUCACAUUAUUCACCGCGACAUGAAAUCGAGCAACGUUUUAUUGGAUGAGAAUUUGGAACCUCGAGUUUCUGAUUUCGGUAUGGCCCGACUGAUGAAUACUGUUGACACUCAUCUUAGUGUGAGCACACUUGCUGGAACACCCGGUUAUGUCCCACCUGAGUACUAUCAAAGCUUUCGGUGUACCACAAAAGGCGAUGUUUAUAGCUAUGGAGUUGUGCUCUUGGAAUUGUUAUCAGGGAAGAAACCGAUUGAUCCUUUGGAGUUUGGUGAUAAUAAUCUUGUUGGUUGGGUGAAACAAAUGGUAAAAGAGAACACAAGCAGUGAGAUUUUCGAUCAUGUUUUGAUGAGUAGCAAUUUGGCAGAGAAUGAAUUGCAUCAAUAUCUGAAGAUUGCUUGUGAGUGUCUAGAUGACUGGCCUCCUCGGAGGCCGACGAUGAUUCAAGUGAUGGCCAUGCUCAAUGACCUUCAAACCGAUACUGGCAGUGAUAUACUCAACGAUGAAUUAUCUUUCGAAAAAAUCAUCAUCGAUGAAUCCAGAGGGAAAGGCGGAUCAUAAGUACUAAACUACUUUCACAGCAUUUGAUUUCACUGAAUGUAAAUAGCAUGAUGAUCAGAGAAGUUUUUCGUUUUUUACUUUUUUGUUGAUUUUAUACAUUUUUUUUUUACACCAGUACCAAAUCAUGACGAGUCUUGUUCAUAUUACAUGUAUACAAAAUGAUUUAUGUGAAACA